AUGCGCCAAAAAAAUGCCAAACGAAUGCUAAGAGGAGGAUGGAUUAAAAAUUUUCCAAUAUCGAAUACGCAUGCCGCAAAGCUUGAAUUCAUUCAGUUAUUACAAAAAAUGGUUGAUGUCACAUAUAAAGAUUAUUUAAAAUCGUCUUAUCCUUAUCAACAAGAAAACGUUUUCACUGUCAAUCAUUGGACUUUAUCAGACGAGUUUAUUCAACUUAUGGAAUCGAAUUUCUUUUAUAAACAACAUGUACGAUGGAAUGAACAACAAUUUCGACCAUGCGUUUCAAUAGUGAAUGAGAUAAGCGUUGAAAGCGAAGCAGCGGCCUCAACAUCACAAAUUCCACACGUGAACAAUUGCGAAAGCACAACAAACAACAACAUACAGAAUAUAUUGACACAAAAGCAACAUGAUGAGAAAGAAGAAUUAGUACAUACUUACUCGCGGCCAGUUCAUAGAAAAAGAAAAGUUGCCACUAACCAAAAUUAUUGCGAAGAACGACAGACACGUACACAAACUAGAAAAUUCAAACGGAACUGA